AUGGCGUCUCGAUCUCCCGACAAAAACCUUCUGCCAUUGUUCUAUGAGGGCGAUAUAGUCACUGGCACCGUUUCGGUCGAUCUCAAGUCGAAAGAGCCCAUCCGAGAAAUUUCAGUCACGCUUCAAGGACUCAUAUUGGGCGCCGGACAGGACCUCGAGCCUUACACCUUUCUCAGCGUUCCGGAGACGUUAUGGGCGCAGACAAACGGCAAGAUUUCGGGAACAUACUCUUGGACGUUUUCUAUCAACAUACCACGCGAGGUCGUCAUCCCUGGGAACGCUCAGACGCCCCCGAGGUCCUACCCGCUACCGCCCCGAUUUUCUGAGCGCGGGUCUCAAGCGCACAUUGACUAUCGCAUUGUAGUCUCUGUUCGGCGCCGGAGAUUCUCCGCAGACAGCACAUUAUUCACGCCCAUCGUAUACUUGCCAUAUUCCAUAGCUGGUGUCCCUUCCCUCAAGAGGCAAGCGGCCUAUCGCGCUGGUGUACUCCCUCCAGGACCCAGAGCCGAUCCAGAGGGCUGGAAGAUUCUUCCAAGUUGUGAGACGAUAGGGAAGCUCUUGUCCACGCGGUCUGUAUCUACAUCGAUACAUUGCAGGCUUGCCAUUGCGAUGCCGCUAUCAUAUGCUGCGAGUACCUGCAUACCUAUACAUGUCUCGCUACGAACGGGAGAGCCUCAUGUGGCUGAACUGCUCACACGGGAUUCAAUACUAGUUCAGCUCGUGCGUAAACUGGACAUACAAGAUUUCACGGCUACGCGGCGCAGCAUGUCCUUCCACGACGUCAUGAGUGAAGGCGUGUUUUGGCCGGCCCCGGACGAUCGUACCGCACCUGGGGAGCGACAUUUCUUCGGCGAGAUCCCUCUGCGGAAGAAGCUCACCUCAAGUUUCGAUUUCUCAAAACUAUCCGUAAAUUAUAAGGUCGCUCUAUUCCCUGUUCGUGCACCUCAAUACACGGUUGCCUCGCCCGACGAGCCGCUUCUCAGCGAGCCGAUCGAGAUUACACUCAGAAACCCCCAUGGCAUCUCCCCACGCUCAUACUCUCCACCAGAAUCACCUCUAUCUUCCGGUCUCAGUCCCUAUCACCGCGACGCCUCGCGUCGCUACGAGCGCUCAUCAUACCUCGGAUUCCCUUCUGUAGGAGGCUUCGAUUGA